UUUCCUAAUUUUCUUUUUCAAUUUUUGGUGCAGAUACUUCGUUUUCUGACGAUGAAAAGAUUAUCAUCUUCAAAAAGGGUAGUGGUGAACACUGUGGUUAAAGGGGAGAUAGAGUGGGAGCGUAGGCCUGGUGGUAUGCUCGUUCAGAAGAGGAAUAUGGGGGAUGCUUCCUCUGCUCCUAUGAUCAAGAUCAAAGUUUCCCAUGGUUCUUACCACCAUGAUAUAGCUCUGCCUGCUCAAUCCACUUUUGGGGAUUUGAAAAGAGUUAUUGCACAAGAAACCGGGUUGGAGCCCAAGGAGCAGAGACUAUUGUUCCAAGGGAAAGAGAAGGAUGAUCAAGAAUGUUUGCAUAUGGCAGGAAUAAAAGACAUGUCAAAGGUGGUGCUUUUAGAGGACCCAGCUAGUAAAGAGAGGAAGCUCGAGGAGAUGAACAGAAAUCAAACUGUGCUAAAAGCCUGUGAAGAGGUUUCUAAGGUUAGAUCAGAGGUUGACAAACUCUCUGAGAAGGUUAUUGCUUUGGAGGCAAUUGUUGGUGUAGGUACCAAGGCCGCAGAAAACGAAUUCCUUGUGUUGACAGAGUUGCUUAUGGUGCAAUUGCUCCAAUUGGAUUCAAUUGAGGCUGAUGGAGAAGCCAAAGUCCAGAGGCGGGUUGAGGUUCGUCGAGUCCAAGGAAUAGUGGACAGCCUAGACAAAUUGAAGGCUAAAAAUUCCAACCCCUUCAGCAGUGGUUGCAAUGCAGUGGCAGUGAGUAACAAAUGGGAGGCAUUUGAGAGUGGAGUAGGAGCCCAAGCCCCCUUACCAUCCUCUACAAUACCAUCCUCUACAAGAAUAACUCGAGAAUGGGAAGUGUUUGAUUAAGCUCAAUUUCACAUCUUUCACAAGGCGUUGUAAUAGUGUAAGCAAAGCUUGUAGCUUGAUAUGGGAUCAAGCUCCAUCCGUCUUGGAACGCCUUCGUUUUGCUUCGGUUUUUUUGUAAAUAGCUCUGUUAUUUGAAGUGCAGAUAAAUGGACUUCAGGUGCGGCAUGGUUUUACAACAAGCGUCAUAGUUCAGUAUUUUUCACUGUUGGAAUCUGUAAUCAAAAUGGUAGGUGAAGCAGGAAAUUUAUAAAGGAUCAUCCUCCAUUCUUUAAGGCUAAUAUUACCUGCUUCUCCU